GAGAGAGAGAGAGAGAGAGAGAGAGAGAGAGAGAGAGAGAGAGAGAGAGAGAAGGGACAAUACAAAAUUUGGAGUGAAAAAAAUCUUUGGAAUACAUAUAUUUGACGCAAGACAAAUACCCAGUAUAUAUAAAGAACCUCUAUAACUUAAUAAGGAAAUAAUCUCAAAUAACUCAACUUUAAUAACUGGACAGGCACUUUGAAAAUGCCAUAGUCAUUACCGGUGCUUCCUGCCAGAUGGCAAAGCAUCUCUAAGUAGCAAAGACACCCUCUCUUGUGGUAAGUCCCCACUGCCUGGGCACAGUGGUUCUCCAGUAGGGCUUCUUUCUGGGCCAGCAGCAGCAGCUUCACCUGGAAACUGGUAGGAAAUGCAAAUUCUCUUGGCCCCACCUAGACCUGCUCAAUGGGAAACAGUGGCGGUGAUACUCAACAGUCAAGUGCCAGGUGAUCCCAGGCAGGAGGGGAGGAAGGAAGGAAGAAGGGCUACUUCUUUAAGGCUAAUUGGGUACCUCCCCUCCUCUUCCCCAGGCUUCUUAAGCCUGGUGUGGGAAGCUGGCCCUUGGGUGAAGUUCUGAAGCCAGAUGAGAACCUGCAGGUGGUGGUAAGACUCAUGGCUGGCAGCACAGUAAGCCUGAGCAGGGCUGUGAGUGGGAUGUGGAUCCAACCGCACACAUCCAGGCGUCUCCUCCCUCUCCACACUGGGAUUCUGGGAGGGGCCCCAAGGGCAGCCACAUCAUCUCAGCAAGCUUCCAAACUUGGGUUACACAAAAUCACCAUUCUCUCCACUGCUGUUUUGAGUGUUUCUGUCUCAGGCCUAGGGAUGCUCUGAUCUGUUGGGGGGGUGAGGGGAGGCAGGGAAUGACUUGGCCUUGGCCUCCAGGAGUUUUCAAUGGCUAUUACUACAGCCACAAUUCCCCAGGCCUCAAAGUAAGCUUUCCUUACAUUACUCAGGAGACAGUGAUAACAGCUGAGCUCCAAACCAGGGACCCAAGACCCUACCUCCCACCACAAAGCCACCCGGCAAAGCAGCAUGAGUCGCCAGAGCACCAGCAGUGGGACAGAAAACACAGCAAAGCUCAUACUCUGGGGCGGUGAGCUCAAUCACGAAAGGCUGACUUGCACCUUUAAACCCCAAGGGGAAAAGAAGGACAGCUGUAGACUGUUGCUCAACACGGUCUGCUUAGGGGAGAAAGCCAAAGAGGAGGUGAAUCGUGUGGAAGUCCUGCCCUCAGCCAACCAGGAAGACAGAAAAUUACCAGUCACCAUUGCCUCACUGAGGGCCUCCGUCCUACCUAUGGCCACAAUGACAGGUAUGGAGCUUUGUCCUCCAGUGACUUUCCGGCUCCGGGCUGGCUCGGGACCUGUGUUCCUCUCUGGCCAUGAAUGUUAUGAGACUUCAGACAUACCCUGGGAAGAUGACGAGGAAGAUGAGGGAGAUGGCGAGGAGGAGGGAGAGGAGGAGGAGGAAGAAGAAGAAGAUGAAGACGAAGAUGAAGAUGUGGAUAUAUCACUAGAAGAGACGCCUAUCAAACAAGUCAAAAGGGGGGCCCCCCAGAAGCCGAUGAGCGCGGCUAAGAAAAAAAAGGUAGAAAAAGAAGAGGAGGAGGCAGUAAGGCCCAGCCCUCAGAACAAGAGUCCCAGGAAGAGGGCGAAAGCUACACUCAGACCUAAGAAGUCUGCACUCAAGAAAUGAGGAGCUCACCUUGGUCUCUCCAGUGUCCACCAGGAGAUGUCCUACCAGCUGUGCCCGGUGCAGCUGGCCAGCCCCUCCACCUGAAUCUAAACGUAAUAAAGUGUUGUGGGGGCCACACGGGAGCCCUACAGCCCGGCCCUUCAGUUUCAAGAGGCUCUUGGAGAAGAACCCCCACAAGCCAGCCUAAGCCACAAUAAAAUUUGC